ACCGGACUCAACCCUAAGCAGGUGCAGUACAUGAUUAAGGAGAAGCAUGUCUACCUGAUGGCCAGCGGUCGUAUCAACAUGUGUGGCCUCACCUCCAAGAACAUCGACUAUGUCGCAGAGUCCAUCCAUGAGACAGUGUCCAAGGUCCAGUAAGGCCCCGCCGUCCACAUCCAGCUACUUCCCGCUUCCUAUCCACCACAGGAAGUACUGUUAACUGUCACGUGUGGUCUCGUCAAGCACCCCCUUCUGUGACAACACAUCCUUUCUCUAUAAGCAGUGCUUCUAACCAUCUAUUGGUUGUAAAAUUUAGCAGAGCGACGAUAUGACACGUGUUCACAACAAUCAAUGUUAAUGAUCAACAGUAUAACUGGUGUUGUCCAUCUUCUCUCCUCCUAAGAUUACUGAGCCAUCUGUAAACAAUCUGAACGCAGACCUCUAGUCGAAGUAUUUCAUCUCCUGGCGACCGUUACGUUGCCUUUUAUUUAUUUUAUUGUGCCAUUUCUGGUUUGAAAAUGUAUAAAAGAUGACUGUGUGCACUUUGUUUUAAAAAAAAAAAAUGUUUCAGAGCACUUGAAAGUGAAGCAUUGCCAGAAGUUGAGUGAAAGUUUGUGUAAAAUGAAUUGUGUGAUUGUGUGUUCUACAUACGAGCCCCCAGACCUCCUAUCUACAGACAACCACAAUGCUUCUGAACGUCUUUUAUAUAGAACUGGUUCCAUUUAACAAUCGCCACCUUCUAGAAUGUGUGAAUGGUGCAUUGUGGAUCAAAUGCUCUGUGAUGUCAUGUGACAGGCUGGAAAGGUUCUUUACAGUUCAUGCAUGUGCCUAAUAGGUCAAACGUUAACAGGAAAUGCCCUCUGAUAGGGUGAUAUGACCGUUUCUAAACAUUUGAGCAGCUAUAUGCAGAUAUGGCCUAUAGGGAAAGCACAUACCACUACUGUGGUAAUGUUGAACCACGUAAUGUCUGUGGCUUAGGUUCCGUGUUAGGUUCCGUGUUAGUCCGUGUUAGGCAUUGUACUUGUGUUGAUUAAACACUCCUAUUCAUAAUAAUGCUCCUUAUGAAUGAUUGUUAAUCUCUGCCUUUAACGGUUCUGAUAUUUGUUUUGUUGUGUUGUUACUGUACACAUACGGUUGCUCUCCACACACACAGCCACACGCCAUUUGAUUGCCAUGGUUAUAUUGACAUCCUGUAUGUACAUUCAUACAGCUAAUAAUAAAUUAUGAAUCGUGUACUAAA